AUCAAUUAUCAUGAUAUAAGUUAAUAUAGUUACAAUUUACAAAACGUACUAAACUAAACGUAGUUAUACGUUGUUUAUAACUCGGCUCAUAACUCAUAAAGUUAUAACAUAUAAUAUAUUUCUAUAGUAUUUUGUACCUACUUGUUGUUAUAGAAUUCAUAAACCAUAUUUUUUUAAGAUGGAUUCUGAUUUGAAAGAUUUAGAUCUUUAUGGAAUACUUGAGAUCCAACAGUCGGCUACUGAAAAGGAGAUUAAAACAGCAUAUCGAAAGAAAGCUCUACAAUGCCAUCCAGAUAAAAAUCCCGAUAAUCCCAAAGCAGCUCAAUUGUUCUUGCAGUUAUCUAAAAUUUUAACUAUUCUUACAGACACAGCAGCACGAUCAGCUUAUGACAAGUUAGUAAAUGCUAAAAUUGCUGCAAAAUUGAGAGAAAAAGAAUAUGAUUCAAAAAGAAAGAAACUAAUAGAUGAUCUUGUUAAAAGAGAAAAUGAAGCAUUAGGAAAACAAAAAAAUACAGUAGAACGCAAUUUCGAGAAAGAACUGGAGCGUUUAAGAAAAGAAAGUUCAUCUCUACUUGCCAAAGAAAGGGCUCGAGUUAAUGAGCUACUUAGACAGCAAGAAACUGAGAAAGAGAAGAUUGGUUCAUUCAAAUUAAAAGUAAAGUGGAAAGAAAAUGGAGUUUAUAAUAAAGAUAAUUUAACAUCAUUGUUCUCUAAGUAUGGUGACGUUAUAACUGUUGUGGUACUGGAAAAUAAAAAAUGUGUUGCUCUUGUUGAGUACAAAUCUAAGACUUCUGCUAUAAACGCCAAAAAAUUGGAAGUUGGUUAUCCACAUAGUCCUCUAAUUGUGAGUUUUCUUGGGGAUUACGGACAAGACACUAAAAAGAGUACUAAUUAUACUUCAGCUUCAAAUGCUAGUACUAACUUUUCAGCUUGUCAAAAUCCAAAUGACAGUCAUGUUGAAAAUACUUCAUCAUCAGCACAAGCUUUUUCGGAUUAUGAAGCAAUGAUACUUGAGAGAUGUCGAAAAGCUAAUAAACCACAACAAGAAAAUAGUAAUUCAAACAAUAUAAAUACAAAAGAACCUUGGGUAUUAUGAAAAGUCUAACAUAUUUGAAUUACAUAGUUAAUAAUUUAAUUUAAUUAUUAUGUUUAUAUGUAAAUAUGUAUAAAUCAUUUUUUUCUACCUUAAAUGACAUCACAAAGUUAAGUAUGUCUACCAGACAAUCAGAAAAAUUAUCUCCAAAAUUUUAAAGAGGUAUUUCUGAAAAAAACAUUAAACUCACUGUAUAAGAAAAAAUAAACGUGGAAUUGUGUAAAUACAAAAAAAAAUUAUUUAUUUACAUGUUAUUAGUUAUUACUUGUUAAAUUCUUGUUAAGUUUUUAGCGUUGUAUUAAAAUAUAAUUUUAACCA